AUGCGUAACUUUCCAAACACUGACACAACAACUCUACCACGCAUCUCGCAAAUCGACUGUUUACCUCAGAAUCGCUUGAAUCCGGACGAGUUUGAACAGAAACGAAGAGCAGAUAAGGUAGGAGAACACGAAACUCACAUCAUGGCUCAAACAGCGGCCUUGAAAGAACAGAGCUUUGGGCGCCGUGGUAAACGGACGAAUUAUACGUCGGGGAUCUUGCCUCCCAUUUCGCAGAUUUCCAUGGGGGGAAGACAACUCCCGGCGGAAGCGAGUGCAAGGGAAGAAGGCUUGAAGCUUCCUCCGAUUUCCCAAGUGGCUUGUCUCGGGGGUUAUCUCGAUGAAAAACAGCUUGUGAUGAAACAGUCAAAGUCUAGAAUCAGAGACAGCGAUUCUGAGUUUGUAAGACUGUCUAAAGCUGGUGGUCAGAAAAACCUCCUGUGCUACACAGAGGCAGAUUCUUCGCCGCGCGAGGACGCAACGAACGCGAACACAUUUCCACGCUCCACUCGUUACCAUCCCGGGUUCACUUCAGAGGCAGACCCAAGAUGGCGCCCAUCUCAUUGGUCGGACUUUUCGCGACAGAAGCAAGCGAGAAGUGAUCAUAAAUUGAUAUGGAGGUAGAUUGGCAUGAUGGCUGAGCCAUUCACGGGCAAAGACUGAAAAGAUAUUGCUUAUUCAUGGGUUAAGCUUAUUUUAAAAUGUACAGAGUAUAAAGUGUGAACCGGGUAUGAUACGUAGUAAAUGGUAACAUGUUAGGGGAAUAGCUGCCAUUUUUCUGAUUUGUAGCCGAACGGACACAUUUAAUCUAGAAAAGGUAUUUGAUGAACUCCCUUGCUUUAAAAGCUGUUGAAAGUUAUAAAAAUAGCUGAAUUUAUCGUUCUUGUGUAAAUAGGAGAUUAUGAAGCAAACUGUCCCAGUCGUUUACCAAACGAAAUUAAACGCUCAUUUUAUGCGUCAACCUUGAGUACUCCUUUGCUUUUACAUUUUUUUUUCUAGUUCUCUUAUCCUGUCUGUUUUUCUUUUUUCUCAAUUUACAGUACAUUGUUUUCUUUCAAACGAAUCAACUAGCUUAUUUAAAACAUGAGAAAGUGAAACAACGCCAGGGUAUUUCGGUAACUUGCUUCGUUUUACUGCUAAUCCACAGAAUGACAUAGUGUUGUAAAGACUCGGUGAGAUCAGUACAUAAACGGGAUUUAAUUAACUCAGGAUUAAAAGGUUACAGGAUUCACAUAUUUUCGUGAGAAAGCAAACAGUUGUUGAUCUCCUGUUGACAAAAGAUUAUUCCCAUUAUAUAAACCGCAACCAAUUUCUCAGUGAGUUCACUUACUUUUGGAAAUGCCAUCGAAUUUCUUCAUUUCUUAAUGAGUGCGUGAAGGAUAACGAAAUGGAUAGAGUUAAAGUGAAUUAAAUUAUUGGUAGAGCCCAUCUCCAUCGAGUUCGUUGAAAGCUAAGCCAGAUUGAUCUUAGCAGCCAAUCAGAGCAUAGGUGAAUACCACCAAGGAGCUAUUGAGAUUUCAGGCGAGCAAGGAACCUGCGUACAGCGCGGGAAAACGCGACUGAACAAGGUUCCCUGGUUUCAGUUUUGCGUCCGAUUGCUGAAGCAAGGAGGAGCGAGUUUUUUAGAUCAGUAACAGGAGGGAAAUGAAACAAUAUCAGCAAAUAUGCGAUCCCAGAUUAUAUUUGACACUCAAUGCUGGAAAUUGCUUUAUGAGUUCGUUGGUUACUUUAGCGCGGAGGAUUAGUUAUAGUAGUCCAAGUCGGUGUGUAAUCAUACGAGUGAUUUACACUUACACAUCCAAGACACGUACACUGUUUUAUAAGUGCUAAAAAACAAUCUCGUUCGAGAAUUUUAUCGCAGUUUUGAUUAGCCUCAUUUAUUGGCUCAGAUCGUGAUCUCUGAUCAACAAAUUAGCGCACCAAUUACUUUUUAUGCAUGUUGUUAUCGAUCCAAUUCCACACCAGUUUUUCGUACGAGGCUGCAAGCUGCUAAACUGCGUCAUAAUUCAAUAAUGAAUACUAACGCCAGUAAUUGAAGAACACGACCUCGCGCCGCAGAACUCUGAUAAAAUUCAUUAAGGAAACAACGACAAAUGAUGAGCCAAAGCUAGACUUCAAACGAGUAAGUUCCGUUAAAUUUAUUAUCUCUCGUUAAAACGACUCCAAACUACGAUAAGAACAUUUUGUUUUCGACUCGUGCGCUUUGUUUGUAACAACCGAGAGCAUGAUUCCAAAACUUUGUUAUACCUAAUCAUCAAAGUGUGUUUCUUAUAUGUUGAUUUUAUCUGUUUAUCUCUCACUUUUAAAUCAAGUGCUAAUGAGUAGCGAAGAUGGAUUUUUUCUGUUUGUUUUCGCCCUAAUUUGAAUCGUACUCGUUUUCGUUUAACAUCCAUCCGUCCGCGCAAGAAUAUAGUUUUGACUACAGCUGCAAGUUUCAAGCUACUAAACUCUCUCGUGAAAGAAUUGUUUAUAAAAGUUUUCGACGUCCUACAAUUACGGUGGACAAUUCCCUUUCUCAUUAGCUGGUAGAGAGAUAAACAAUACUCAUUAAAAAUCCUUUGAUGUAAUUUUUUUGUUCAAAUGUUUAAAAUUGUGAAAAAGCUUUCAACUUGACGCACCAUCGAGGAUUAAUUUUCAUUCUGUUAGUGAAUCACUUUCGUUCAGAUUGUAUGGAAAGACUCGUGAAGUAUAGCCUGGAGGCUUUUUAAGUAAUAUGGCCAAGCCCUUUUACAAGCCUUUGGACAGGCCAGAGAGGGAAGAAAUUUGGUACUGUUAUUACGUUCCUCGUCAAAAGCCAGACUCAAAACCAAUUCAGCGUGUUCCUAUUUCACAAGUGCCGGACCUGACUAACGAGACAACCAGGCUAGUUACUGAAAACAAAUAUCGAAAUGUGGGCAGAGUUUUGGAAACUGAUUCAAAGUACGUGAAGUUAGCCAAAACUGGCGGGCGAAAGAACCUGUUAUGUUAUAAAGAAAACGAACGCGAAAACAGCGGGCCUAAAAGAUACGAAGUAGCCGCGUGGUAUUACCACGAUAGUGACAUGGACAAAGAAAAAGAACUCAGUGAAGAGGAGAGGCAUAAGAGAUACAGCGUUACGUAUGGGAAACGGUGUUAUAAGAUUUCUCAACUUGAAAAACCCAUUGUAUAUCAGCGUCCGGAUUAUAUGACGCAUUUGGAAUCAGAGGAGUUGAUCAUGUCGCUGGGCGCAUCACAUCGCAUUCCAGAUCGCCCGAUCUUCGGCUUCGACAGGUUGUCGUUUUGGAAGCGAGACGAAGAGGAAAAGUCGAACAAGCUGCCUCCUUUGGUGGUAAACGAGAAUGCGAGGGAAAAAUCUGCGCAGCUGGGCUCUCCCAAAAAGUUUGUACCAACGAAGAAGAAGGUGAAGUUGCCAAAGUCCUCUAAGAAAUCUCAGUUGCCCAACAAUAGAAAAUUGUUCAGUUCAGGUUAUGCUACAGAAUGGCAUGAAAAGUGGUACGUGAAGGCCUUAAAGAAAUGA